AUGGAGUCUGAACUUACUGCACUCAUGGAGAAUCAUACUUGGGAUGUUGUUCCCUUACCACCGCAUAGAAAACCGAUCGGGUGUAAAUGGGUUUACAAGAUCAAGUUCAAAUCAGACGGUUCCAUAGAACGCUACAAGGCUAGGUUGGUAGCCAAAGGCUUCACUCAAAGAGAAGGUUUCGAUUAUCACGAGACAUUCUCUCCAGUUGCGAAGGAAGUUACCGUCCGGUCUUUUUUGUUUAUUGCAACCAUACGCAAUUGGUCCUUACAUCAGAUGGACGUCCAUAACGCCAUCCUUCAUGGUGAUUUAGAUGAAGAGAUCUACAUUGACCUUCCUUAA